AUGCUUAGCGGACAGACAAAAGUCCCAGGACAAUCAUUAGUCGCUCUAGAAUCCAUUUUCGGAUGGGUGAUUCUAGGAAAAACUGAAAGCAAGUCAAAUUCCAAAUCACAAACUGUAAUUUCCAAUCAUGCAAGUUUCGAGUAUAAUGCCAUUGAGUAUGAGCUAGACAAGUUCUGGAAAUUGGAAGAAAUUUCAGAAACAAAUCCUUAUACGGAAGAGGAAGCCGCAUGUGAGAACCAUUUUAAACAAACAUUCUCCCGUGAUUCUACUGGCAGAUUUGUGGUGAAACUACCGUUCCGUGAAACAAUCGAUGAACUCGGAUCAUCUCGAGACAUAGCCGUGCAUAGGCUACAACAAAUAGAACGUAGGUUUGUUAAAAAUCAAUCCCUCUCAAAACAUUACCACAAAUUCAUGCAAGAUUAUCAGGACUUAAAACAUAUGGAACUAAUUCCAGACAACGAAAUUGAUAUUCCGGCAACUUCCAGCUUUUAUCUCCCUCACCACUCAGUUCCCAAUAAAACCGGAGAUAAAUUUCGGGUUGUUUUUGAUGGUUCUGCAAAAUCAUCCAGCGGUAUAUCUCUUAAUGACAAUUUAAUGGUGGGACCACAGCUACAAAGUGAUCUCACUACAUUACUUCUUCGCUUUCGAACUUACAAGAUAGCGAUGACUGCAGACAUAGAAAAAAUGUACAGACAAAUUAUCCUACAAGACGCAGACUUUCAGAGAAUAGUCUGGCGCAAUUCAUCGUUGGAGCCAAUUCAAGAUUUUCGUCUAACAAGAAUAGCAUACGGCACAGCUUCAGCACCGUACCUUGCUGUUAGAUGUCUACAACAAUUGGCAGUGGAAGAAGCAGAUCGAUUUCCAAUGGCCUCCAAAGUAGCCAUCAUGGACUUCUACGUUGACGAUUUAAUGUCUGGAGCCAAGUCAAUCUCAGAAGCUAUUGAAUUGCAGAAACAAUUGAUGCACAUGCUAUCAAGUGCAGGCUUCAUUCUACGAAAAUGGGCAUCCAACAGUGAAGAGCUCAUAAAUUCGAUUGAUUCAGAUUUACGUUGUUCAAAGACCGCGUUGAACAUAGAUAGUGAUGAGACUGUCAAAACAUUAGGUGUCCUGUGGCAUCCAGCAUCAGACACAUUCCGGUUCAAAGUAAACACCACACCUCUAGAAAGUACUUUGACAAAACGAACACUUCUUUCAACCAUCGCCAGAACAUUUGACCCUCUUGGAUGGUUGUCACCCAUCACAAUCAAAUCUAAAAUCAUGAUGCAAAAAAUGUGGAAAUAUCAAGUGCAAUGGGAUGAAAACGUUCCCCCAGACAUCGCACGCGAAUGGACAGAACUUGCAGAAGACACGAUGUCUGUAAAAUAUGUCAAAAUUCCAAGAUUUUUGUCGACUGGUGAUAGCAAUGAACUCAAAUUAUUCGGCUUCAGUGAUGCAUCGGAAAAGGCGUACGCAGCAGUUAUUUACUCCUGUUCUACUGAAGAGAAUGAAAAAACAAAUGUGCAGCUCGUAAUAUCAAAAACCAGAGUAGCUCCACUCAAAACCGUUUCCAUUCCAAGGUUGGAACUUUGCGGUGCUCUAUUACUCACAAAAUUAAUGGAUUUUACCUGCAAAGCAUUGAAUACCAACAUAGCACAUACGCAGUUCUAUACAGACUCUAAUAUUGUUCUUUCUUGGUUAGCAUCUCACUCAAGCAAGUGGAAAACCUUUGUAGCCAACAGGGUGGCUAAAAUCCAAAAUCUCUCAUCACCGACCCAGUGGUUCUUCGUAAGUAGUGAAUUAAACCCAGCUGAUCACGCCAGCCGUGGCAUGUCAUCAUCAGCGCUACUGAGUUCAUCAUGGUUUACAGGACCAAGUUUUUUACAUGAACCUAUGCCUCUACAGGAGGCAGAGAUCCUGCUCAAGAAGGUCGCCCAUUUGGUAGAGGAAAACAAGAUCCUUCACAAAAAGCUGAGCGGCGCCUCUAGCCAAAAGAAAAGAAAACCGGUCGUGCUUAUCAACGCUGCCAAUCCUAAGACCGUUAUCGAGGAAAUCAAGAAAAAGAACCCUGAAGAGGAUUUUCAUCAGGGAGGAGGAUCAUUACCCCCUCUUCCGAAAAUGGCCAAGUUGAAGUGGAGAACUACGCUAAAGAUCAUGCUAUCGACUUCCACACCCCAACCAUCGCCUAUAUCCCUCCAACCCGUGUCGUAG